AUGGCCACCUCCAAAAACCUAAUGGAUAUUUCCCAUCCGGCCAAACGAUUGAAAAGAGUCUCUUCUACGCCGACGUCCUCAUUAAUUCGCAAGGUCAUCACAACCACCACCAACAUCAUCUCAUCAUCCUUCGAUAACGAUCAUGACACAACCGCCAAAAAGGACUCUUCUUCUUCCAGCUGCCUCACCCCUGAGCAAAAAUGCAGAGUCGAAUUCAACAAAUCCCUUGCAAAAUCGAGACGAAACCUCAAAAUCUGCUCAGAGAAAUUCUCCACAUCCACUGCAGGUGAGAGGGUGCGGUAUGUGAGGUUGAUAGACCUUUUGGUGGAGGAGACGUGGUUGGAAGCGCUUCCGGGGGAGCUAGAGAAGCCGUAUGCUAAGAAAUUGUGUUACUUUGUGAGAAGUGAAAUAUGCAAUGGCGGCGUCCCCAUUUAUCCCCCACAGCAUUUGAUUUUCAACGCACUUAACACUACCCCAUUUGACAGAGUCAAAGCUGUCAUCAUUGGGCAGGUACUCUUACCCAUUUAG